GUUAAAUAUAUAGAACUGUGUGUCCCCAGGUUCCGUGGUGUCCAGACGGGGACAGACAGCCGGGUGGCAGAACUCCUGAACCAGGUGAAGCUGAAGAGCUUUGAGACAGAGCGCUCUCAGAUGGUACAGGAGGAGACCGCCAGGAACCUGGGACAGUGUCAGAUGGAGACAGAGAAACACCAGAAGAAGCUAGAGGUCAUGACCAAGGAGUUGUACAGGCUUCAGGCGUCCUCAGAGAAGCAGAUAACGGAACUCCAGGCCCAGAAUGCUGAGCAGCAGGCCAGACUACAGACCUACGAGGAACUGGAGAAGGAACUGGACGACGUCACCAUGCAGGCUGCUGAAAUUGAUAAUGAGGAGGAAGCAGAGAGAGUUCUGUUCUCCUACGGUUACGGUGCCAACGUUCCCACAACCGCCAAGAGACGACUCAGGCAGAGUGUCCAUCUGGCCCGUAGACUGUUGCAGCUGGAGAAACAGAACACACUGCUGAGGAGAGAUCUGGAGAGGCGCAACGCACACACAGGACAGAUCUCUGAGGAGCUGGAAGCAGCUAACCAUCUCCUACAGCAGGCCCAGCAGCCCUACAGUUACCUGAUCGACACGGUGAGACAGAGAGACACACAGAUACUGUCCCUCAGAGAACGCAUCACACAGCUGGAGGAGGACACCAGAUCUCUGAGGAAAGAGAAGACGUCUCUCCAACAGGUGAAGAACAAUAUGGCCUCUGACCUGGAGCGACUGCUCAACCACCGAGAGGAGUUAUCUGUGAUGAAGCAGGUUCUGCUCAGUAUGAGGUCCAGAAAGACUGAGCCCUUCCUGGAUCCUGACGGGGCUGGGGCGGAGCUGGCCUUCAGCAGACCCAAAAACCUCAGCAGAACCACAGAGGAGGAUGAGCAGAACCCUCACAGACACAGACCCAAACCCACCGUGUUCACCAAUAAGGAAGCUCCUGAAUGGUACAGGAAAGUCAAGUUCCCACCUGAAUGACCAAUGGCCUUACAGGUGGUGCAGAUGGGAUGUGUGUGGACACUCCAUACUGGUUUUAUUUACACUACUGUAUUGGUAAUAGUUUAUAUGUGUAUGUUGUGCUGUGCUGUUGUAAUCGGUUGACUUGCUAAAAAUGUUUUAUAUUAAAAAUCUGUCAAAACUACA